AUAACGGAGGCCAGGCGAUUGCAACUGCAAUAAACACCAAUAUUUCACUGGGGAAACACAAUGAAGGUGACACUUCUAGCAGAUGUCCAAGGUAACUGGGAUGAGGUUAAUGAACUCCAAACCGAGCCCGAUGAGGUUAUUAUCCACUCGGGCAAUUUUGGUUUUUGGGAUUCAGACACCAUUUUAAACUGUGAUUUCAACUAUUUGAAACAAUUGAUAUCAUUUCUGAGUAUAUUAGACAAGGACAUGAUCGACGAUAUCAACGACAAAAUUAAUAUCAACCAAGUUCCAAACCAAGAAGUCAUUGAAGAUAUUAAGCAGAAGAUUGUGGGUCAAUAUGACUAUCUUGACGAUUAUAUUAGUGGUAAAAAGUCUUUUAGGGUACCAAUUUACACCAUUUUUGGGCCCAUGGAUGAUCCAGUAUUGGUGGAGAAGUUGGUCAAUGGCACCAUCCAAAUUAAGAACUUGAAUCUUAUCGACCAUACUAAAGGCUACAGCAUUCAGAGUCCAGGGCAACCGGACAUAAAGAUUUACGGGUUAAGCGGUAGGUUCAAAUUCCUAAACCUUUUUAAUUCGGGUGACUACACAAACAAGAUCAAUGGUAAAUUUGGAGAACUUUGGAUGACUCUACUUCAAAUCAGUGAGUUUUACCAGCUCAAUUCGAACAGUUUGAAUUCUAUCAAUAUUUUUGUCACUUAUAACUCCGUUAUGAAAAACCCGAUUCUCGAGUACUUGGCGAUGGUCACGAACGCCAAUUUCACUGUGAGUCAGGGUCUUCAUUUCAAGUUCCCCAUCAUCGGAAAUGAAAUGAGUUUUCUUAACUCCAUUGAAAACUUCAAGUUGAAGUUUUCCAAAUUUAGAAUUAAGUUUGGUGAGCUCUUCAAACUAAUUAAGGGUGACUUGAUGGAAUUAGAUGGAGACACCUCCAAGUCUUUGGAGACUGCUCUCGAGAUUUUGGAUGUGAUCCCCAUAAUCCACACCAACCAAAUAAUCCCAUUGACCUUGAAAGACACUGACGUCAAGCCCGAUAACGGGAUCUUGGAGGGCUAUGAAACUCUGAAAAAUGGACACAAGACUUCCAAGGAUUAUGAUACAAAUGCCAUGCUCAAUAAGAUCAAUGAGUUAUACUUUGAAAACUUCUACAAUUUAUGGCAUUUCAAUUUAUGUGACUUCAAAAUAGGAGACGAAAAAAAUGUGAUUAAUCUAGAUUAUGCCAAUGGUAAAGUCAACCUCCAUCAUUGUUAUAGUAGUGGGUUUGAUUUCAACUUCAAAACGGAUCAAAAAGACCUUGGUGAUGAGGAUGUUGAUCAUCUCAUAGAAACCAAUGACAUUGAAGAAGACCUAGAAGACGACGAUUUCGACGGUUUCCAACUCCCUACCCGAGGUAGAGGUAAAGGAAGGGGUAGAGGUCGUGGUCGUGCUAGAGGAAGAGGUAGAAGUCGUGCCAGGGGCCGUGUUAGAGGUAAGUUUAGAACGAUGUGACAAAGGUUCUUGUUUUCCCAACGUAGGGAAUUGGACAGCAUUAAGAUAAAACAGGACAUAGAGACCUUGAAAGGAAAAGUUGGAAGAAAUGGGCCAUCGAGAUAAUAAGACAAUAGAAGAGCCACGGGCCUAAAUGCUUGAUAUAAUAAUUAUGAUACAACACAUCAGCUGUUAAGAUGAGAAUAUAAAAGUGAUACGUAAAGUGUAUGCCUCUACGGAUAUUAAGACCAUUGGCAUCAAGAGAGUUUUAGAUCACUCAAGAGACCAUAAAUUCCUCUAGUGUUUGUGACGUCCAACCGCAAAUCUCAAAGAGGAUCAUACACUUGAAGUAACAAGCUAAAGUCAAUUCAAAAUGGAGAAACCAAUGCACGUCCCAUUGUGUCUGUAUUAUAUCGUAUAUCUGGUGUAUAUUCGUGUAUGUAUGAGCAGUAUGCAGUUGCAAAUAUGAAGAAUUUAAUGGUGGUGUUCAAAAGGUAAUUUCUGACCAAACAUCACUGGACCAUCUUGUUUGACUCUGUAGAAAAUGUAAAACCACAUGGUGGCACUCAAGAGUUUGGCUCCCCAUUUCAAACGAGGAUCUGUGUGUGGUACCGCAACAGCACCGUGCUUGACGUAAGCGUGACCGUGACCUGCCAUUAUUAUAAUUGAUGGGGAUUCUAUUGGCU